AUGAGGGAGAUGGAGAUGGCCGAGGGUACGCCCUGGCUCGAUCAGCCGGUGAUGCUUCAUUCGUCUCGCGCCGACCAAUGUAAACUGACCGAAGCACAAUGUCAUUAUCGCAACUACUAUUGGCGAUACUGGUACGAAGCUGACCAUGUCUAUGCACUGAACACCGUCUGUUUGAUGUGUGCAGUGAUUGGAGUGUUCACCAUCUCGAAUCUUCUCGUUCGAUUUGCACCAGAUAGAGUGAAGAGAAGCCGAUCGUGGCGCAUGUUCACGUCUGUUUCGCGAUAUUUGUCUUAUCGUGGGUAUCGAUCGUCUGCGCUGCAAUAUUGGACUCCAGCAUUGGGUGUGCUGGUCCUGGGUGUGGUGGGCGCCGUGUUCUUCUUCGCGAUGACGCUCGGUCCACAGCCUUAUUACUGGCCGACAGAUGCUUCUUAUGGAAGUAGUCCUCCAAUCGCAACUCGAUCUGGCUGGAUGGCACUUGCGCUGCUGCCAUUUGUGCUGGCACUGAGUACAAAAGCCAACAUGAUCUCCGUCUUCACUGGAAUUCCACACGAGAAACUACAAGUCUUCCACCAUUGGACCAGCUAUGCCAUGUUUGUCCUGGCCUUGAUUCACACCUUUCCUUAUAUCAUAUAUCAUAUCUGGAAAGGGGAUAUGAUGCAUCAAUGGAAGACAAGCGUCGUAUACUGGACAGGAGUUGCUUCUCUCAUCUCCCAGGCAUAUUUGACUCUAAUGUCUUUGCCAUUCAUUCGCAAUCGAUUCUACGAGUUCUUCAAGGCUACCCAUAUCUUCAUGGCUAUAGUGUUUAUCGUGUUCUUUUUCCUCCACUGCGACUUCCGACUCUCAUCCUGGGACUACUUCGUUGCCUCGGGUGUGAUCUAUUUCCUGAGCCUGAUAGCCGGUCAUACGCGCACCUAUCUAAUGCAUGGCAUUCACACCGCGACCCUCGAGCUCCUUCCCUGCGAUCUUGUCCGCGUUGCAGUUCCAUCGAUCAUCAAAUGGACCCCUGGUCAGCAUGUGUUCAUGCGCUUCCUCACUCCAGACCUGCAUCUAUUCACCGCCCAUCCAUUCACGAUUUCUUCCGCAUGUCACAACCCUGAUGAGAUAGGCAAACCAUCAGAACUAGUAUUUUACAUCAAGCCCCGCGGUGGUAUUACUGGACGCCUAAAGGCAAUGGCAGCCAAGAGUCCAGGCUGCUCGAAGAAGAUCCUCAUUGAGGGUCCGUACGGUGGCAUCAGCGAGCCACAUAUGGCUCGAUUUGACACGAUCCUGGUGAUCGCUGGCGGCUCGGGGGGCGGAUUCUCACUGGCUAUAGUUGACGAAGCGCUUCGCCUGACGGGAACGAACGUAUCCGAGACUGAAAAAAGAGCACACUCCCGCCGGAACCUCCAAGUGGUAUUCUCGACGCGUGACCACGCCAUGGCAGACUGGUACAUCGAGGAAAUCGAAUCUCGGCUCUCGGAAUCUACCACCUUAUCCUCGGACUCGGACAAUGGGUUUGAAACUGCAGUCUCUGUGCACGUCACUGAUCAGCGGAACUCUGGGAUCCCCGCCAGGUCAGAGCCUGACGAUUUCAAAGGCACCGCUGGUAAGCUACCCCCGGCGGAAAUCACUACCACGGGAAAUUUCAGCUUGAAUGUCCACCGCAAUGCUCGGCCCGAUCUUCCUGGUCUGAUUGCGCGAUCUGUUGCCAUGGCACGCAUCCAAGGGACGCAGCUCGAAAAGAAACAACGCAUCGGGGUCUUGGUUUGUGGUCCUGCUUCUAUGCUACACGAUACUCGAAAUGCAGCGGCUCUUGCGCAGUCUAGGGUGUUCGGAGGUGAGGUUGAGGAGUUAUAUUUACACUCAGAACCUUUCGUGUAA